AGUUCUUUCUUGCGUACAAUGAUGACGGGGUCCAUUCGCAGAUUCUUUAAUGUAAUUCUAACUUCACUAGAGACUAUGUCAGAGCUUAAUACGCGAUAGGUUCUACGCAAAAUGGGUAACGUGUCAUCAGUUAUCGAAGAAAUAUUGGAUUAGCAACUAACAAUUUUUGUUAAACACGAUUUUCAUAGUUUUCACCGCAUGCAUUUUAGUUUCUUACAAUUGGUGCAGAAUACCACACAGUAUCCAAAUUUAAUAGAAGUCAUGGGAUCAACCUUGCUGAUAUGCCUCGCGGGUUAUUACAUGAUGAUGGAAUGGGAAAAUUUUAAUAUUCUUCGACUGUGCUCAUACAUUGUUGCAUUAACAAUGUUCUGUUUCAACGUAUUUAUCUAUUCCUACAUGGGCGAGCAAGUCAUCGAGCAGGGAGAGAAAGUAGCAUUAACAGCAUGCACUUUGGAAUGGCAUCAUCUUCCGAAUGCAAAAGCACGAACAUUGAUUUUACUUAUAGUCGUUUCUGAAAAUCCAUUAAAACUUAAAGCGGGAAAUGUCAUUGAUCUAUCCCACAGAAUGUUCGGCAACGUAAGUGACAUAAGCAUUCUUCUAAACUUAUCUAAUAAUAAAACUUGUAGCAUAUAUAGAAAUUCCUGCACGGAGGAAAAGCAAUUAAUAACCACAUAUACAUUUAUUUUAGGUCGUUAAAAUGUCCGUUACAUAUUUAAAUCUUCUUCGAUCACUUGACUAAACUUAA